GGAGGAACUCUUUAAUUUUAUACAAAACCUGGUGCAUUUAAUACCUCCACCGAAGGAUGCAACAACGGCAAGCGGCGGCGGCGGCGACCACAAGACUCAACAAGAAGAGCCACUUGGAUCGACCACUGGGUAGGGGAAAGACGGAGGUCAGCGAGAGCGCGUUCUCGUUCCUCUUCUGCGAAUUCGUCCAGUACUUCCAAGGCCGGGUGCUCAACAUCAGCGACUUGGAACGCAAGCUCGAGGCCGCAGGGUAUGGCGUCGGCGUGCGAGUGUUGGAGCUCCUGAGCUACCGCGACAUGAACGGAAACGUGUCCAAGGACAAACUGCGCCGGGAAACCCGCCUCAUCAACAUGCUCCAGUUUGUCGUGUCUGUGUGUUGGAAGACACUGUUCGGGAAACCCGCGGAUGCGCUGGAACGCAGCACCGGGAACGAAAACGAAUGUAAUAACGACGAGCUGAUGAUGCUGCACUUUCUUGUCAUGGCACGUUUCUGCAUGUAGACAUGAUCCACGAGAACGCGCCGUUGACGAACAAGUACAUUUCCGUACCCACAGACAUGGGCCAGCUCAACUGCGCGGCGUACACCGCGGGGGUCAUUCGCGGCAUCCUCGACUCGGGAGGCUUUGUACGUCUCGUCGCCCGAUCAACGUCGCAUCUAACUUGAUGCAUGGAAAUAGUAUUGCGAAGUGGACGCCCACACCGUCGAAAUCGCGGGCGGUGGGGAAAAGACAGUCUUCUUGGUCAAGUUCGACGAACGUACCAUGAAGCGCGAGAAGAUCCUGUCGUGAUGACGUCCGUAAACCCAAGGAAUUGCCCCGCCACAUGCCGCUUUAGUUCACAUGGUGUUCUUAAACACAGGGAAUCAAUAACAUUAGUCGUGUAUUAACAAGCACCAGGGUCUGUAUAUCAUAAUCAUUUGAC